ACAUCACCAAUUCACCAAACUCCCACAUAACUAUCUCAAGUCCUAAAAUUCCAUUAAGUAGUCCAAUAGCCAUGAGGACAUCUAGCUUUCUCGUCAUCAUCGUUGUUGUGUUCCUCUACGCCAUCAGCUCACCCGCUACAGGCUGUGGGGAACGGAUAGGCAACCAGUUGUGGAGCACAACAAUAGAUAAUGGAUGGGAACCAAUUGGAAACAUCAAUGAAAAACACAUCCAAGAGCUCGGCAGUUGGGCAGUGUUGGAGUUCAUUAAGCAUGUCAACUGUGUGCUUAAGUUCAACAAGGUGGUGAGUGGCAGACAACAACUUGUGUCUGGAAUGAACUACGAACUCAUCAUCAACGCAUCAGAUUUUGACGGGAAAGACGGUAAGUACAAGGCAGAGGUGUACGAGCAGAAGUGGACUAGCAAACGCGAGCUCCUCUCAUUCACCAAGGUGAACUAGGCGGUUGCAGUGUCGGUAUUAAUAAUUGUGAUGUUGCAAAUUUGUUAUGUGUGUUUGUUUAUCGACUAAUAAAUUAUCCUCUUGCAAUGUUGUCCA